UUUUUAACUACUACUGUCUCUGUAUGUGGAUUUACACAAAUGUUUGGCAAACAGGAAGUGCCCGCUCUCAAAUAAUUAAUAUUGAUUUAAAAAUAAAAGGUCAGCGGUGUUUUGGAUCAUAUGAUUUUAGGUGAAGCUGCUGCUAGGGAAAGGAAGGUUAAUUUCACUUUUGCAUUUGAAAAGGCAGAGAAGGUGAUCGACUGGAAGGAAGGACGUGUGUUUGUCUCGGACCGCGGCGAGACCGAUUGUGUACAGAUCGGCAGGGUUUUGGCUUUGAAUUUAUUUUGAGUCUAAUGGGGGGAGAUGAUCAACAACGGAAACAAAGGAGGGAAGCAUUUAAUUCUCCCGCUGUGACGGAUGGGAAAGCAAGCGAGCGAGCGAGCGAGAGUUGGACUGGGAAAAGAAACAGGCAAGAGGAGAAAAAAGACGCCAAACAACACAGAGGGACAUACAAGCAGCAACUUCCACCCCCGCGGCGCGAGCCUGACACCCCGUAACUGCGGCACACGGAAAGUUAAUGGAGUGGCGGAGCUGAGCGGGGUGGGGGGGGCUGCGGACAUUUCCUGCAGGUAACGAUGCCUGUGGAAAGAAUGCGGAUGCGUCCAUGGCUGGAAGACCAAAUAAAUUCAAACACAAUACCAGGGUUAAAAUGGCUAAAUAAGGAGAAGAAGAUUUUUCAGAUUCCCUGGAUGCACGCUGCACGACAUGGGUGGGAUGUUGAAAAAGAUGCUCCUUUAUUUAGAAACUGGGCAAUUCACACAGGAAAAUUUCAACCAGGAGUAGAUAAACCUGAUCCAAAGACAUGGAAGGCAAACUUCCGAUGCGCUAUGAACUCCUUGCCUGAUAUAGAAGAAGUCAAAGACAAAAGUAUAAAGAAAGGAAACAAUGCCUUCAGGGUUUACAGGAUGCUACCCGUAUCCGAAAGGCCUUCCAAAAAAGGAAAGAAACCAAAGACUGAGAAGGAUGACAAAUCCAAACAAAUAAAGCAAGAACCAGUUGAGUCAUCUUUUGCAGUGACUAAUGGAAUAACUGAGGUCUCUUCUGACUACUUCCUACCCUCCACUAUAAAAAGUGAAGUUGACAGUACUGUGAAUAUUGUAGUUGUAGGACAACCCCAUCUUGAUGGCAGUACUGAGGAGCAGGUGAUAGUUGCCAAUCCUCCUGAUGUUUGCCAAGUAGUAGAGGUGACAACAGAGUGUGAUGAGCAGCCCCUCAGCAUGAGUCAGCUGUACCCUCUGCAGAUCUCCCCAGUCUCCUCCUAUGCAGAAAGUGAAACGACAGACAGCAUUCCCAGUGAUGAAGAAAAUGCAGAGGGUCGGCUUCAGUGGCAAAAGAAAAACAUUGAAGGCAAACAGUAUCUGAGCAAUCUUGGUAUGAGGAACACUUCUCAUAUUCUUCCCAGUAUGGCUACCUUUGUGACUUCCAACAAGCCUGACCUCCAGGUCACCAUCAAAGAAGAAAGCUCCCCACUGCCUUACAACAGCUCCUGGCCCCCCUUCCCAGCUAUCCCUCUCCCACAAGUAGUGUCUUCAGCUUCUGCCAGCAGCAGCAGGCCAGACCAUGAGACACGGGCUAGUGUCAUCAAGAAAACAUCAGACAUCACCCAGUCGAGAGUCAAGAGCUGCUAAGCCUCUGACUGUGUCUCUUUAGUUUUGGUUUGUUUUUGUAUUUUAUGUUUCUCUAGAAGAGGUGCAACUCUGACGCACAUUAGACAAAUCUAAGGGAAAGCCUUGACAAUAUAGAACAUUGCUGUGUCCGACUCCAGUACUGGAGCUUUUUAACUCAGGACUCCAGCCAUCAGUAUGUAUACCUGAAACCAGAUGGAUUUCCAAGGUUACUGCAUAGGAAAAACAGAACUUUGGCCCACUUAUAUAAGUUCCAGUACUUCAUAAGAGGACCAACAACCACAGGGGAAGUGGUAUUGCUGCACUUCUUGCAGUCAAGGCUGUGAUGGAACUGAAAGCCUCAGAAUGGAAGAGAAAAUGUGAACUAGCUGGAAUUUUUUUUUUAAAUAAAAAAAUCUAUUGUGAAUAUGUACAUAGUGCAGUACUAGCAAUGUUGCAGUCUGCUUCUGCACCUUAUUAAAAAGCACUUACGAAAAGGCCUUUUAUUACCUUGCUCUAAUUAAUGGCACAUUCAAAGCCCCCUCCCAUCUUUAUUCUUUUCCAAGGCUAUUCUUGCUAACAAGUCUUGAGAAGUAGGGGAAAGAAAAGGAAGGUAAACCUUCCUAUAUGGAUUUCACACAUUGUAAGACUGCUUUUCUCGUGUUUGUUUCUAAUCUGCUAUGCUUGAAUGCCGCGUGGUACAAUAGGAAGAAAAAUAUUACAGAGAUAUUAUGCAAAUUCCCAGAUUUCAAGAAGAAAAAAAGUAAUCUAAUUCUAACCAGAGCAAGUUUUUUUAUUUUUUAUACAGGGGAAUAUUUUAUUCAAAGUAAAAUUCUAAAGUGAAUAUAAUUGUUUUUUUAAUCUUUUCUACAGCAAAUUUAUAAUUUUAAGAUUCAGUUCUUGGUGGGUUAUCAGCAGUUAUUACAUCCUUGUGGCACAUUUUUUUAAUUUUGUAAAGGUGAAAUAGCUUUUAUGAGCUCAUGUAGCAAUCAAAUUAUCCUGUGGAUUGAUAAUAAAUAUGAUAUAGAGUUAA